AUGCCCCUAUUCGCCCCUCUCACCCUCUACACCGCUCACAUCCUCCGUCUGCGCAACCUCAUCCACCGGUGCAUCAAGGCCCUCAACCGCGCCCGCCCCGCCUUCCUUGCCCUCCUCACGUCCUGCCCCGCCGACCCUUCGCCCGCCCAGCUCCACCCCUUCCUCAACUACGUCGAGAUACGCUUCGCAAUCGGCCUCAACAUCCGGGAGUACUGGGCGUGGCGGGCGGUCCUUGCGGUGGUUAGGCGCUGGGGGGAUACGGCUUGGUGGGUCGCGGGGCUGCUGUGGGCGGCGGUGGGGUGCUGGGUGCUGGGGAGGGGGGUGUAG